AUACACUCUGUCUUUGCCCACUUCCUGUGACAGUCUCCGGAUCGCCCAACUGCCAGCACCAUGUCGAGCUACGACCCCGUACCUGUCUCUUCGUCGUCGGGACGAAGAGCAGUCUAUCAAGCACCCUCACACGAAGGUCUGAUUACCGCUGAACAAUUCAAAGAAUCGAUGCGUUUCGUCAGAAUGCAAAUUGCGGUCCCCAUAUCAGUAUUGAUCGCCAUGGGGGCGAAUUUGGUAUGCGCUCUGGCUCUGAAACCUGGUUUAGCCGGGAUCAAUGUCCGCUAUCCUACGCUCGUCAGCCCGAAUUCUAUCAUGAUUGGAUUAUAUUGGGCAGUCCUGUACUGCCUUCAAGUCGGAUUCUGCUUGGUACUUCUUCUCGCUAGGAAAGACGUGACGAAGGAAACUUUGGUGUAUGGCGUUGGAAUCAGAUUCGCAGUUGCCAAUUGGCUCUUGGCAGCUUGGGCCGUGUCAUUUACUUUGCAGGCAUUCGCAGUUGCUGAGAUUCUCAUUCUGCUCAACGUCGUCAACCUCCUCACGAUCCACCUCACCUUGCUCAAAUACCCACCUACGAUGAAACGGCCCCUCGAUACCAUUUUCAUCCACGCUCCGAUGGCAUUACUCCUCGCCAUCUUGUUCGAGGUCGAUUGGGUCCAUAACGGAUUCAUUGCGCUCAAUUGGAGAAUUCACGAUCGAUCGGACAGAGACGACUACACUUGGCAAGCUGUGGCUUUUAUCGCCAGUGUCAACAUCGUCGCGGCCCUGUGGGAAGGUAUCAGAAGGCAAUACCUGAUGACUGGCGCCUCGAUCUACCUCCUCUUCACGCUCAUGUUCGCAUCCCCUCGCGGUGAUCCGGAUCUGCCUUCGUCUGCUCUGCCUAAACCCACACCUGUCCUCGUCGUCUCCAUUGCGUGCCUCGUCUUGCAUGUCGUGGCUCUCAUCGCUGGUUUGGCAUGGAAGCGAAUGAGAGAUAGGGAAGGCAGGAUCAGAUUGGAGGAAGAAGUCGAGCGGAUGGAACGGGAGGAGUACGAGGCGAGGGAUCACUAGCGGUUGGGGAUAGGGGAUGAAGGUCACCAAUGUCAUAACGAAGGGGACGCUUCUCUGCGGGACCGAAACGAAUCUGACACGAGCGAUCAAAUUCUGUUCAUGUUCGCGAAUCAUCUCGCCUGUGUUCAUGCAUUGGCAUA